AUGCAGUACAAGGCCCUUGCCACCCUGCUCUUCGCCACGGCAGCCCUUGCUGUCCCGGCUUCUGAUGCCACCAUCACCUCUGACGACUUGCUGGAUGAUAUUGACCUGCCUAUCGAGACUGAAACAAUCCCCAGCGGCAUUUUGUCCGUCAUCGAGACCGCGAUUCCCAGCCCCUGGUACCAGGCCCUCGAAACCGACUCGGCUUUCCAGUCCUCCGUGCUCAACGAUCUCCUCCACAGCACCUACCCGGCCUGGUACAACAGUCUGCCUGAUAGUGUGAAGUCAUGGGCCACCGCUGAGGCUCCCAUUCCUCCUCUACUCCCUCUCUCUACCGGCCACAACUCGACUACUGCCUCGACUCCUCUGACUUUGACCUCCACUGCUACCCAGACCAAGUCUGCCACUGGCAGCGGCUCUUCUUCAACCUCUGCCUCGGGCUCUGGAACUUCCACCUCGACUGGCGGUGCCCCUGCUGCUACCAGUGGCCUUGCUAUCACCCUGGCUGGCGCUGCUGGUGUCCUGGGUCUUGCCCUUGCUCUGUAA